AUGGACCUAGAUGAAAUAAUACGUCUUCAAAACUGUGACAUGAUACCUUCAUAUCGGACUGGCAAUUAUACAUUAGCUAGAGAAGCAUUUACACCACUGUGGGAUUAUUUUGUUUCAAAUUCUUCUCCACCUCCUGCCAACACAGCUGUUAUUUCUGCAAGCAGUAAUUUCACUAUAUCUGAAAACAGAUUGUGUUUUGAGGCUGUAUCUCAGACCUCUCCUAUUGCCUUGCAACUCUUUUUGAGGAAUAUAUUUGCUAUUACUGACAUUAACGUUAUGGAAGGAGCACUCUUCUGUGAUUCCAUCUGUUCCAGUGAGAUACAGUACGAGAAACAAGUUGGUAGAUUAGCAGAAUGUGAAAGAAUGACUGUGGCAAUUGAACUUAGUAAUUGGUUAAAUGAUGCAAAUUAUACCCUGCAGGCUGUUGUACAAUGUUAUGGUCUCCUUGCUCCAAUUAUUUAUCACAAGAUUUCUUCAGUGCCGGUAGUUCAGAUCCUCAUUAAGUGUUUGGCAGUCCUUCAAGAAAUUCCAAGUGCUACUUUGCAAAGGAAACAGGCAGGAUGUUAUGAGAGUAUUCAGCAUAUGAUAGCUUGUUCUUCAUUUUAUACAGCAAAGGUACUACGUUCAUGGAAAGAAUAUGAACUAGCUGUAAUUGUCGUUAACUAUGGCAAAAAAUUGUUGAGUUCCUCGCAAACAACUUCUUUCUGCCAGUCAGGAGCUACGAAAAAUGAAGAAACACCCACUAACACAGAAGCUGACUACCGUUCUACAAAGAUAUCCCAGUUAGCUGCAAUGGAAAAAGCGACAGAAAAUCUAAGUGCUCUUGAAUCAAAUCUACUUGGACUGACAAAACCAGCACCUGGAUCAGAGCUUACAGGACAGGAAGAUCCUUUGUUCCUCUACCCUGUAAUUUCAUGCUGGACAGCAAAGAAUGCUUAUCGAGAAGUGAUGAAAUUUAGAAAGAAAUCACGUUUUCUUGAGUUCUUUGUUCAAAUUUUGCACAAACUCCUGAAUGAAGAGAAGUUUCAAAGAGUUCUGGAGUGGGCAGGCAAUGUGCAAGUUUACUUAAAAAGGAGGAAUGACCACCUUCUCUGUAUUGAGGGAACUUUGAGACCAGAAACCAGUUUUCUCACUGCGUCCGAAAGCGCAAAGAGGUACACUACAGCAGUUGUGGAGUUUCACAAAAGUUUGGAGAUCUCACCUUCAAAGAAACUAGAGGCAUCAGCUUUGAAGAAAUCAAGAAAAGAAGCCUUUAGCCCUGUUAGAAAAGGACAGACUCUUAGACAGUAUUUUGUGAAAAAUCCAAACAUCAUGAAAUCUCCAGAAAGACAAAGGCAACACAAAGAGGAGUUACAGAAGGUAGCUCGUCACACCUUAGUGGUAUUUCUGAAACCAAUUGUGAGUGGUUACUUGAACCGAAAGAAGUUUCAUCAAGUAUGUAUUGAGGAGAUGCCCUGGAGGUCUCAGAUGAAUAUUUAUCUGGCAAUUGCACACUACAACUUGUUUAAAAAGAAGUUGGAAGAGCAAUAUGAUAUUGGGAUUCAUGGUUCACAAUAUCAGAACAGUUACAAUAUUCUGGAUCCUGAAAUAUUCUCGUUAAGUAAUUCUGGCGUUGUAGUCGUGAGAGAAGUCAUGGAGGAUAACAUAAGAACACCAAGCCCUCUUCCCCUUAAGAAGUCACGGUCAGGAAUGGUCAAAAAAAAGACUUAUACAGCUAAGUCUUCUGAGCACAGCUUUAAAUCGAGUGGGACUGAUACUCCUCGAACUCAAAUGACAAAUGAUUCAGAAAUAUCCACCUUGUUUUCCCCCAAAGAGCAUGACCGGUUUCUGUCAAAAAUCGUUUCAUCAGAGCAUUUUACAAAAGUCUUUCUGCAUUUAAGAAGAGCAGUGGUUCUUGCUCAUCGUGGCGGCCACUGGACAUUGCUUCAAAAUGCUUGCAGAGAACUUUGGAACUAUACUCAAGAAGCACAAUCAAUUGCUAAACAUUCCCAUUCCCAUUCAGGGGCAUUUCCCAUUACCAGAGGUUUUGUUAGGGACACCGUCUGGUUGCCAUUUUAUUUGGCAUCAGACAUGAUCAUUGAUAUGAUAACUGAACUACAAGCAAGUAAUUCUCUUAAGAUUGUGGAUCCUGAAGGAGAUUUCUGCAUUCCUAGUUGUUUAGGAGGUAUUACUGAUGAGAAUGGUGGUUCUAAUCUCCAUCCACAGUCUCCUCUGGAUGAUGUGAACGUGGUUGACUUGAGGUGGAUAUGUGAUAUGAUCCUUAAAACAAUUGAACUGUUAUAUCAGAUGAAGAAGUGGGAAGCACUGGUACACAUAGCUGUGCAAUUUAACAUAUUUACACAUGAGAGAUAUACAGAACAAGUGAGUCCACUGUUGGUAUAUGCUCAGAGGCAGCUGCUAGAAAGGAUACAGCAAUUCAAUGGCCUACACAGUCCUGAAUCUCAUUUCAUAAAAUGUCUGGCUGAUAAUGCAAAUAAGAUGAGCUGCAGAAACUACAUGGGGAAUCGGCUGCCUGUUGCCCAUUCACCUAGUGAACUGAUCUUUCCUGGAUGCUUUUUCUCUCCUGAGAUAAAAAGUGAUUAUACAGAUUGCAGUCAAGCAAAAGCCCUAGUUUGUGUACCUCUUCAUGUGAAUGACACACUGAAAUGUUUUAGAGAAACUCUAGAAAAAUCUAAAUAUCACAGCAGAGCACUGAGACACAGCAGAAAACUACUUUCAUUAUUUCUUGCACACACACAAGAAAAUGUUGGAAGAACAAUCAGUCAGAGCUCUUCAAACAGAAGGCUGGAAUUUAAUGUGGGAGCUGAGCUGACAUUUCUGCCAACACCAUAUGACCUUUCUCAAGAAAAAUUUAAUUUCUCCAGUAUGGUUGAGAGUAAACCAAUACCACAGUCACAGCUUCCAGUAGUUAUUUCUUCCUAUGAAAAAACAAUUGGAAUCCUUGAAAUAAACAACCAGAGAGACCUCAAGGUUCAGGCUCUACAUGAACUUGGAAAUCUUCACUUCUAUGCUGGAAACAAGAGAGCUGCUUUUAAAUAUUGGUGUCAAGCCCUUGAUGAAACACUCAACAUUGCUGAUGCUCUUAACAACUGGCAGGAAUUAGGUGUUUCAAAAAAUGCUGCAGACUGCUUUGCAGUUGGAAGAUCUACUGAUAUGAGUCAGAAAUUUCUUUCUCGGGCUGGAAUUUGGGGAUGUUUACAUGCAGCAGUUUUAGCAGCUAAGAUAGCCCAGUAUAUCAUAACAUCAAAUAUGAGAUUAAGAACUAAAUGCUGCUAUUUUUCUGCUGUACUCUUUAAGGCCCUGUUUAGAGCUUCUCUUCCACAUCCCACGUCUGACUGUGAUUACGCACAAUAUGAAAUAAAUAUGCUUAUUCCUGGCAUUGACUUGUUCUCCGAUCGCUACAGAGCUGAUAUCUCCACUGUAAUUGCAAGUCUGAAUUUCCUUAUGUUUGAACUACAUUGUGCAAAACAAAGUUUAAUAAUUUUACCACUGUUCACAUUGUACGAAUACUUUGUUUCUGAGAUUUGCCAGGACCCAGCUAAAUGUAUUGAAGGAAGAAUCUUUAAGAUUAAAGUACUUACAGAUAUAGGAUUUUUUACGGAGGCCUUUCAUGAACUGUGUUUGCUUAAUUGCGGUGAAAGAAUUCCAUGGAAAAUACCUGCAGGCUACAGGCAAAUUGAGGAAAAGAAGGCCUUUCAGAAAUUUGACUCCUCAAAAUCUCUCCUGGCUGUUACAAAUUUACAGGUACUGGAAGACAUAUUUAACUGGAGUCUGUCUUCAGCAAUGGUUCCACUGUUCAGCCAACAAAUUAUGAAUAAAUUAGCCUUAGUCAAAAUGAAUUUCAUCAUUUCCCUUUCUGCCACAAUAAAUAAUAUACCUGAAAAAGUGGAAAAAUGCAUCUAUUCUAUUGAUAACAAAAGCUUGAGGAAGCCAAGAAGAACUAUGGUGUCAAGUACAAAAGUUGAUGUUAACAUGAAUUCAAGACAACGGGAACCAAGAGGCACAAUGGUGCAGCUGGUUGACUGUAAAGGUGAAUUAAACAUAGCCAUGUUGAAGGGGAUUUUAUUGACAGAAGCUGAAGAAAAUCUUAAGUGUCUUGUGCAGAACACACAGGACAAAUAUGAUGGGAAGAUUUCCUGGUGUUCUGCUGAAGAAUUAGAGGCUGUUAUUGAGGCCAAGCUUCAACUUGCAGCUAUUUCUCAGCAAAGGCAUCAAGCAGCUUUCAGUGUUGCUUUGACUUUCUCUGCAAUUCGACUUCUCCAAGAUGCAGACAUUUUUAAGAUGACGGUGACACAUUUUCAAGAAAAAAAACAAGGAGGGGGAUAUUUGGAUUCUUACAAUGAAGAUGUUCAACUGCCUCACAGUGUGGUAGCACAAGAUCAUAUGAACAUACGUCUAUGGCUAAGGUGUCGUACGAUGUUAGUGUCUGCACUACUAUCACACGUAUGUGGCAUUGGUGAUAUGGAAGAAAAUGAUAUGGCUGAACACAGGAGUCUGAUAAGAGAAGUAAUACUAGAAGCAGAAGCCUUUGGUGAUAUUGAGACUCAGGCUGAUAUGAUGGUGCAAGCUGCUAUUCUUGACCUGCAAGAAAGACAUCCUGUGGCAGGAAUUAAACAACUUCUGCAGAAUAUCAUCAGUUUACUCCAAGAGGAGACAUUUAUUUCCCCUCCAGCUUCUUUGACCCUUGUGAAAAGUAUGCUUCUGCUGGCAGAUAUAUUCACACAGCAAACAGAAGAGGACACAGAACAUCACUCUUCCGCGGCAGAACCAUUAAACUUAUUAAUUUUGGCGCAUGAACUUACUCUUAAAGCAAUUUUUCUAUGUGGAGAACCAAUUGAACAGCAGAUAGAAGACACUACAUUAACUUGUCUGGUCCUACCUCCAAAAAAUAUCUACCUGCCGCAUAUCAACUUGCUAGCCCAAGUCAAAAUGAGAAUUGGAUGUAUAUUAGCUGAAAAAAUAGCUUGUACAUCUGAAAGAGGAGAUCCACUGCAAUGGCUACGUGCUCUCAAACAUUUAGAAUCAGCAUUGGAACUUUGCAGGGCAUCUGCAACAAAAAAUUUAGAUCUGGAAGCUGAACUUCUUUUUCAGAUAGGUAAGGUGGAAUGCCAGAUAACUGAAGCAGGUAAUAACAAGUCAUGUCUAGCUGUUGAGAACCUCUUGGAAGCUAUAAAAGUGAGCCAGCAACAUGAUCAAAACUUUGAGUUAAUAAGGAGAUCAUACCUUGAAAUAGCACUAUUAUAUUUGCAUUUUGCCACAAAUAAAGAGGAUGUGUCACAGACAGAUGAGAUGGUGCCUUCCAAAUCAAGGACAUCUUCUGAAGAACUUUCUUCUCCUGAAAAAGCACUGAUAUCGGAAGGCUACAAAGCACAGGCCUGGAUUGCAGUAAGAGCAGCCACACAGGUCAGUGAAGCUGUGCUUGCUUCUCAGCUAUUAAUUGGAAGAAAGAGCGUUAAAGAACAGAAUGUGAAGGAUGCAGUACAACAGAAAAUCCCUGAAUUUGCUUCCAUGGAUCUUCUUGCUUCGUACAGAGAUUUUUUAUCUGACGGAUACAGCGUUGUCUCUAACAGUCCCACAGUAUCUGGAAAGAAGGACGUGGUACAAAACAAGCAAGACGGAAGUGAAAGAGCAGAAUGUCUUGCCACCAAGGCCAGCCAGAAGAACGAGACCAUAACAUGGGUUCACUUAAUUCGCUACCACAUUUAUUUAAAAAGACUUUACAACGCAAACCCUCAAUUUGCUUCCCUUAAAUCAGGACCUGGAUCAUCUUCUGCAAGAGAGGGACACUUUAGUUCUGUUUUUGACACAGGCAUUGUUCUACGCAUAGCAGAAAUGCAUGUCUUCCUUAAAAAACAUUUGUUUGAAUAUUCAGUGUGUUGUCUGGAGGAUUUCCCAGAAGAGCUAUGUUAUGUAGAAAUGCCACUUGAUAGUCCAACUGAUUCUUCAAAGAUGUCUUAUGAAAGUGCUGGAAUUUCACCAAGGUUUUCACGUGUGAGAAUAGCUAGUCCUGUUCCUGUCAUCAUAGAAGCAGACAGUCAGACAGAGAGUAGGGCAGCAAAUGCUUCAAAUAAGGAGCUUAGCAUUCAGUGGUACAUUCCUUCUCUGGCAAAGCCAUCAAAUGAUACAGAAGCUAAGGUUUUGCUGCUUUAUGCUUAUAAUACAAAGCCUGUCAAGAUUAGCAACAUCAAGAUUUUCAGUUCAAUGUCUAUGUUUUCAGGCUACUUGUGGAUCCCACUGGCUAGAAUUAUUUCUUUACAGGAGGAAUUAUCUAAACUAAAGCAGCAAGUUGAAAAUUUGAUGCAAAGUUCUAAAAGUUUGUCUUCAGUCUCAGAAACUCCAAGUUUUGCUGAACAAAGUGAAACCCUGAAAAUAAUUCCUUCAACAAAAGACAAAAUGAAUAUUGCAAAGGUGCAUCUUGAUGAAAAAACAGAAGAAAUGGCUAAAAGGUGUUUGUCUGAAGUAAGAGCACUGCUAUCUGUUGUUCCAGCUCCGUCGUUGCCAUUAACUGAGCUUUCUCUGCCUUGCCUGUGGAACGUCCUCAGAGGUCCCAUUUGAUGUUACUUUGCAAUCAAUAGCAGAUUUGGAAUGCAUGUUUG